UCCAAGUAUCAUCAUCAUCAUCUUACCAAACACGAUGAUGCCUUCUUCUUCCCCUAAUUUCCCAGAAAAUUGAAAAAAUUCUCCAAUUUACUUGUGAAAUCCCACUUAUUUGAUCCAAUCUUCGUCUCCAGAUCAUGUGAAACAAAAAAAGUGACAGUUUUGUUGAAGAUGUUAUGUGAAGAAGUAUUAAAGAAUGUGUUUCCAUUACUAGAAGGCGAAGAUCUCGCUGCUUGUAUGGGUGUAUGCAAACAAUGGAGAGAUAUAGCAAGUGAUGAUUUUUAUUGGAAAUGCCAAUGUGCAAAGAGAUGGCCUUCGGUUUGUAGACGGCGUAAGCCUCCUACUGAAACAUACUACAAGAUGUAUCAAAUGUUUAGUAAGCGGCGAGUGAGCCGUGUGCUUCCUCCUCCGAGGCUGGCCUUUGAGAACUUGGAGUUCUUUAUCGAUAUUUGGUCGGAAGAUAAGCUUGUUUUCUCAGGGUUAAUACCCGGUGUGACGUUGGAUAGUGGAAUGAAAACUUUGCCAUUAGGGAUCAGUAAUGUUCUUAGAACUCACCUUGGGAGACCUGACUACAAGAUGGUUGUUUCCGCUGAGCCUAGAUUCACUAUACCGUUAAACCAGUCUGUUAGUGUUUCUUUGCUUGUGGCAAGGAAUGAUUCGGAUAAGGUUGCUCGGAUAAUCAACCGAUCUGUCUUUGAUUAUAUAGACCGUUCAUCGUACCGAGCUCUUGCCUUUGAGUAUCUCGACUUAUCUCCUUAUUACCCUUUUAUAUCCGGUAUUCGAGCAUGGAUCUCUUUGCUUUUCUUGGAUGUCGAGGAUAUAAACGAGGGGCUACUCGACGUUUUCGGGAUUCAGUUGGAUUUUAAUGAUGUUGCUGACACUAAAGAAGAGGUUUUGUGGCUUCUAGACAUGCUUGAUUGGAAGUGAAAACAAGUUUUAACACUCAGAUUAAAGCUCUCUCUCUCUCUCAGGUUUGCAACCUCUGUACACACAACAUCGUCUGCGCCAGUACUAAUCUUUCUACAACAAAUGUUCAUUUUCUUUUAUAGUAGUUUGUGUUUUUUCUUCCCUCUUUAAUUGUUUAGUUUUCGUUUGAUCAUUUGCUGUAAUUCGAAAACUUAAUCUUACACAACACUGGAAAGUGAAUAAUUCUCAACCAAACUAUAGAAAGUGAAAUGCCAAUGUCAAAAAGACUCAAAAUUGUAUA